AUGUUCCCUUUAGAAGUCGAUUCACAACCUACUAAAGGAUAUUUUAGUUGCAUGUCUCCUAGCUGUGGUCGCGACACUCCGUCCCCAGAUGGCCAUGCCUAUAAUCCAGACUUGUCUGACCGAUCCAUCGGUAAGGGUUACUUAAGUGACCAUUUACAGCAUAGUCUUUCCUAUGCUCGCCGUAUGGAGCAGCGUGCGCUACACAUAUCCGCACGAAUUUCACAGUCUGCAAAUUUAUCAAUGAGUCCGCGCCUUCUUUUCACACCUGAAACCUGUAAUUCUUCGGACACAGCUGAUUCGAUCUCAGGGCAGCGAAAAAGGCAGUCUGUAGUUGACGAUCUAAAUAUGCAUUCCUUCAUGACAAUCAGUCAGCAAACGACUUCAACUGUGGAAAGAUAUGCUCGCCUUGCAGAUGUGUGUCCUGACUUGCUAAACCGUCGAACUGUGAAUAGAUUUAUGAGCCAGUAUACACCAGGGGAAAAGUAUCAAGAAGAAAGACCUAUUGGAAUGAACCCGAUCUUCAACUGUAACAAUCUUGCAGGAUCGUUCUCAAACCUUGUUGAUAUCUGUCGAACUAGACUGGCUGUGUUGUAUAAGGCUAGGCAUCGUCUGAGUGGCGUUUUAUAUUGCUUAAAGAGGUCACGCUGCGACUUUGAACUAGAACAUCUUAAUGGAAGUUCAUCCGUUGAAAUGCUGAAUGAAGUACAAGCCUUGGCAUUGCUUCAACAUUCCAAUAUAAUUAGGUUUUUCGGCUCCUGGUACGAGGCUGACUCCGUGUAUACACAGUUGGAAUUGUGUUUAGGUGGCAGUCUGUUUCAUUUACUAUAUCCAGAUAGACAAAAUGACACUUCUGAAGCUGUGUCCCUUGUCUCAGCCAACCACAUUGACAACGAAAUACCUGGUUCUCCUACAUCUGGUUCUCCAAGCGAUGCAAACCGUAACCGUUUAUCCGAAAAACCGUUGAUUGUCCUGGCGUCGCACGUUCUUAGCGCUCUUCAUUAUAUGCACACCAAUUGGUCGAUGGUCCAUGGUGAUGUAAAACCGAGUAAUAUCCUAAUACAACUAAGCAGACCUGAAGCUUAUUUAGCGUCUGCUAAAGAGUGUAUAGAAAUGGAUGCCAAACGCCACUGUCAUAAGCUUUUACUUGCGGGAGAUACUGCGGGGAUCGUCUUUAAGUUAUCUGAUUUCGGACGUGCAUCACGUGCUGGGGAAGAUCGUGAUGGUGAAGAUUUAGGUGACGGGCGCUAUCUUCCAAGAUUAAACGAUCCCAGUCCACCUGCUAGAGCUGCCACUGGACGGGACCUCUAUGCACUGGGAAUAACGCUUUAUCAUUCAGCGGGUGGCCCUAUGUCAGCAUCAGUUUGGGAACGACUUCGUGAGACCGAUUGCUUACCAGAUCUUUCCGUACUUCCUGGUUCCUUGAGACCAGCUGUAAAAAGUAUUUUACGACCCUUGCUCAAGAUAGACCAACUGUUUCUGAACUAA